CUCAAACAAAAAAUGUCAAAAUUCGUUUGUUUCCUACUGAUAGUCGUUUUUGUUUAUAUACAACUUUGUGAUUGUGGAAAGGAUAAAAACAAGGAAGUUGGUGGUGAUGAUAAAGGUGUUAGUGAGGAUAAAGGUGAUAAGAAAGGUGUGUUAAAAUUAUACAGUUUUGAGAUAAUAAAAAUAAUUAAAUUAAGGAAAAGGUCUUUUAGGCGUCAAGAAGGGUGGAUCUUCUUCACCUAUAAGUAA